CGGCUGUCUGCAAUGCGCAUGUCAAAAAUGGCAGCGCACAUUGUAUUGCAUAGUAUUGUCCGUGUCGUUUUGAAUAAGACCGUGAACAAGUUGAAUUAAAAAUAUUUCUAGUGAUAUAUGGAAUAAUGGAAAAUACGGAGUUCUGCAAUGCAAAGACGAACAUUUAUUUUCAUUAGAACCAUAUAUAAAUAACAAAAUGUAUUCUGUUUGCAAAAGUACUCAUCCUGCUACUGGCGUGGAACAUGCUAUAACCUGUUACUUCUUUAAUCGUAUAGAAAAAUGUUUAGUCGUUGCCGGUGCAAAUAUAAUUCGCGUUUUCCGUUUAAUACCGGAUGUCGAUACUACCAAAAGAGAAAAAUAUACAGAAUUACGGCCUCCGAAGAUGAAAUUGGAGUGUCUUGCUCAAUACACAUUGCAUGGAAAUAUAAUGUCUAUGCAACCUGUACAUCUUAUUGGCUCUCCUAGGGAUUCAUUAUUAUUGAGUUUCCGAGACGCUAAAUUGUCUGUGGUGGAAUAUGACCCAGAAACACAUGAUUUACGCACUGUAUCACUACAUUACUUUGAAGAAGAGGAAAUGAGGGAUGGUUGGACAAAUCAUCAUCAUAUUCCCAUUGUUAGAGUAGAUCCUGAGGGUCGUUGUGCUGUUAUGUUGAUAUAUGGGAGAAAAUUGGUAGUUCUUCCAUUUCGUAAAGACCCUACAUUGGAUGAUGGAGAUCUACUUGAAAACUCUAAAAUAGGUUCAUCCAAUAAGACACCUAUACUUUCCUCAUAUAUGAUAGUGCUGAAAAAUUUGGAGGAAAAAAUGGACAACAUAAUAGAUUUAGAGUUUCUCCAUGGAUAUUAUGAACCCACUUUAUUAAUUCUUUACGAACCCGUUAGAACAUUUUCAGGCCGUAUUGCAGUGAGGCAGGAUACCUGUGCAAUGGUAGCAAUAUCUUUAAAUAUACAGCAAAAAGUCCAUCCAAUAAUUUGGUCUGUUUCGAAUUUACCUUUUGAUUGCUACCAAGCAGUGCCUGUCAAGAAGCCUCUUGGAGGAACAUUAAUAAUGGCUGUGAACUCAUUGAUUUACCUUAACCAGAGUAUACCGCCAUAUGGAGUAUCACUCAAUAGUUUGGCAGACACAAGUACAAAUUUUCCAUUGAAACCACAAGAUGGUGUAAAAAUGAGCUUAGAAGGUGCUCAGGUAGCUUUUAUUUCGUACGAUCGCUUGGUUAUUUCUUUGAAAAGUGGGGAAUUAUAUGUUUUAUCACUGUUCGCUGAUAGUAUGCGAUCGGUUAGGGGAUUUCAUUUUGAUAAAGCUGCUGCAAGUGUAUUGACAUCCUGUGUCUGUAUGUGUGAGGAUAAUUAUUUGUUCCUCGGCUCAAGACUUGGUAAUUCCCUGUUGUUAAGAUUUACUGAAAAGGAACCUGAAAAACCUCAGAUUCCCGAUGACGCUGAAGUCACUGUUGAUGACGAUGAGGACAGUGGAGAAACUCCAGCUAAGAAAGUCAAGCAAGACUUUUUGGGAGAUUGGAUGGCGUCUGAUGUCCUUGAUAUCAAGGAUCCAGAGGAACUUGAAGUGUACGGCAACGAAACACAAACGUCUAUGCAUAUUACAUCAUACAUAUUCGAGGUUUGCGAUAGUCUGCUCAAUAUUGGACCCUGUGGUAAUAUAUCUAUGGGAGAACCAGCAUUUCUCUCAGAAGAAUUUUCUCACGCCCAAGAUCCUGAUGUUGAACUGGUCACUACUUCAGGCUAUGGGAAAAAUGGAGCUCUAUGUGUAUUGCAACGUUCUAUUCGACCUCAGGUAGUAACAACAUUUGAAUUGCCUGGUUGCGAGGACAUGUGGACUGUGAUUGGUGCUGUAAAUACUGAAGAACAAGUCAAAGCUGAAGCUGAAGGGACCCACGCGUUUUUAAUUUUAAGUCAUGAAGAUUCUACAAUGAUUUUGCAAACUGGACAAGAGAUCAAUGAAGUUGAUCAAAGUGGUUUUAGUACACAAGGUACCACGAUAUUCGCCGGAAAUCUUGGCGCUAAUCGUUACAUCAUUCAAGUUACACAAAUGGGAGUACGAUUAAUGCAAGGAAUUGAUCAGAUACAACACAUACCCAUUGAUCUUGGCUGUCCUAUUAUUCAUGCAAGUUGUGCAGACCCUUAUGUUACUAUAUUAACCGAGGAUGGGCAAGUCAUGUUAUUGACCUUUAGGGAAAUCCGAGGCUCAGCUAAAUUAUACAUUCAACCGGCAAAUUUACUGUUUAGGCCGCAAAUAGAGACGUUAUGUGCUUAUCGUGAUGUUAGUGGAAUUUUCACUAUGCACCUUGCUGAGGACGUCGAAGAUGAUAACGCUGAGGAAGAGAAAGUUGUUGAAGAGCCAACUACAAUAACGAACAUAGACGAUGAAGAUGAGCUUCUAUACGGUGAUGUUCCAGCUUUUCAAAUGCCAGCGCCACCUCAAGUAAAGGCUCAAGAUGGUAACAACAAGAAAGCACCCUGGUGGCAAAAGCAUCUGCAGGAAUUCAAACCGACCUACUGGCUGCUAGUAUACAGGGAUAGCGGAACUUUGGAGAUUUACUCAUUGCCGGAUUUAAGAUUAUCCUAUUUGAUACGCAAUUUUGGUUAUGGCCAACACGUUUUACACGACAGCAUGGAGUCGACGACACUGCAGCAGUCACAUAUUAACGAAAUACCAAAUUCGGAAGUUCAGGUUCGUGAAAUUUUAAUGGUCGCACUUGGUCAUCAUGGAAAUAAACCAAUGUUAUUAGUGCGUUUAGAUACGGAAGUGCAAAUUUAUCAGGCAUACCGCUAUCCAAAGGGACACUUGAAGUUGCGAUUCAAGAAAUUUGAUCAUUCAAUCAUCUUGGGUCAGUUGAGACCUAAGCCCAAGGAGGAAAAUGAACCACGUAUGAACGACACACGAGUUUGCAUGAUGCGCUAUUUUAGCAAUAUAGCUGGAUAUAAUGGUGUCUUUAUUUGUGGUGGAUAUCCACACUGGAUAUUUUUAACUGGACGCGGAGAGUUACGAUCUCACCCGAUGGGAAUUGAUGGAGCUAUAACUUCAUUUGCACCAUUCAAUAACGUUAAUUGUCCUCAAGGAUUUUUGUACUUCAACAGAAAGGAGGAGUUGCGGAUCUGUGUCCUGCCUACACAUUUAUCGUAUGAUGCCCCAUGGCCAGUAAGAAAAGUGCCAUUACGGUGUACACCACAUUUUGUCACUUAUCACGUCGAAAGUAAAACAUAUUGCGUUAUAACGAGCACAGCAGAACCUUUAAAAAGUUAUUACCGGUUCAAUGGGGAAGAUAAAGAGUAUACAGAAGAGGAACGUUCCGAAAGAUUUUUGUAUCCAUUCCAAGAACAGUUUAGUAUAGUUCUUUUUUCACCAGUUUCCUGGGAAACUAUACCAAAUACAAAAAUAGAACUUGACCAAUGGGAACAUGUAACCUGCUUGAAAAAUGUGUCUCUGGCAUAUGAGGGCACCAGGUCAGGUCUUAAAGGGUACAUAGUCCUGGGCACCAAUUACAACUAUGGUGAAGAUAUCACCAGUCGCGGACGAAUCUUGAUCUUCGAUAUCAUCGAGGUGGUACCAGAACCGGGGCAACCAUUGACUAAGAAUAGAUUCAAGCAAAUUUACGCUAAGGAGCAAAAAGGUCCUAUCACAGCUAUCACUCAAGUCUCUGGAUUUUUGGUAUCCGCUGUAGGUCAAAAGAUAUACAUCUGGCAAUUAAAGGAUAACGACCUUGUUGGAGUGGCAUUUAUAGAUACUCAAAUUUACAUUCAUCAAAUGCUGAGUAUCAAAAGUCUCAUUCUGGUUGCUGAUGUUUACAAGUCAAUAAGUUUAUUACGGUUUCAGGAAGAGUAUAGAACCUUAUCACUCGUGAGCAGGGACUUCAGACCAUCUGAGGUAUAUACGAUAGAAUAUCUAAUAGACAAUAAUAAUCUUGGAUUUUUGGUCGCCGAUGGAGAAAGUAAUAUUGCGCUAUUCAUGUAUCAACCGGAGUCGCGUGAAAGUCUGGGUGGUCAGAAACUAAUACGAAAGGCUGAUUUUCACUUGGGUCAGAAGGUCAAUACGUUUUUCCGUAUAAAAUGUAAAUUAGCCGAUCCCGCAAAUGACAGGAAACAUUUUUGUGGCGCUGACCGGAGGCAUGUUACGAUGUAUGCUACGCUGGACGGUAGUCUUGGUUACGUAUUACCUGUUCCGGAAAAAACUUAUCGAAGACUGCUUAUGCUACAAAAUGUUUUGGUUACUCAUAUUUGCCAUACGGCUGGUCUGAAUCCAAAGGCUUACAGAACGUAUAAGAGUUACGUGAGAAUGCAGGGUAAUCCAGCUAGAGGAAUUAUUGAUGGCGAUUUAGUUUGGUGCUAUCUUCAGUUGCCCCAUAAUGAAAAAAUCGAAGUGGCUAAAAAAAUUGGUACACGAGUACAAGAAAUAAUCGAGGAUAUCACCGACAUUGAUCGACAAACUGCACAUUUUUAAAUAAGGACGAAGAAACAUGAAAAAAGAGACUAAAUAUAGAAUUGAGAUAAAUUGUACAUUUUUUAUAUAAAACCCGAAAAAGUGGAUAAUGAAAAAUUCCAAUAAACCGUCAGUAUAUAUUUGUGA